GACCUCCCGGAGGAGUGGCCAGACCAGGAACGUGCUGCGCUGGUUCUCCACCGCGGUCCUGUAUGCCGCCUUCCUGGGGCUGGAAUGCUGGGAUUACAGGUGUGCACCACCACAUCCAGUUUUAUUCAGUGCUGGGAAGGGAGCCCAGACUUUGCACGUGCUAGGCAGGCGCUCUACAAUGGAGCUGCAUCUCCAUCCAUAUUGUUAUUAUGAUUAUCAUGCUUAUAUUGCCAUGCUAGGCAUUCAACAUAGGCUUGAACAGGGAAUGACUGUUGCCAUAUUAGGGCCCACAUUUCCAGACCUAGCACAAAAUGUGAACCGGAACAUCAGUAGCCUUUCGGAAAUAUUUGUGGGCCGUGCCCUCGGCUACUUGUGUGGCUCUGUGGCUGGCGGGGUGCUUUUUGACUGCAUGAAUCAUUUUUUACUGUUAGGGAUGUCGAUGUUGGCUACCACAAUUGGUCUUUAUCUUAUUCCUUUCUGCAAGACAGCAGCAUUACUGAUUGCCAUGAUGUCUGUGUUUGGUGUUUCAUUUGGCGCUCUGGAUACAGGUGCAAAUGUCCUCAUCUUGGCUCUUUGGGGAGACAAAGGAGCCCCACACAUGCAGGCCUUGCACUUCAGUUUCGCCUUGGGUGCCUUCCUGGCUCCCCUGCUGGCUAAAUUGGCCUGGGGUACAACAGCAUCCACUCAGAACCACACAGAAUCAGACUUAGACCCUCUAAUGCUGAACCGAUCCUCUGAAGACAGCCCACACUCUCUGUUUGCGGUACCCGAGGACAUGAAUCUGCUGUGGACAUACGCUUCCAUUGGCACCUAUGUCUUAGUAGUUUCUGUCUUUCUGUUUGGUCUGUUUUGUAAGAAACGCUCAAGGCAGAAAAAAUCUGCAGCAUCUGGUCAAAGAGUUCGAAGAGCAAAGUAUCACAGGGCCCUGCUCUGCCUCCUCUUCAUCUUCUUCUUCUUUUAUGUUGGAGCCGAGGUGACCUAUGGCUCUUACGUAUUCUCCUUCGCCACCACCCAUGUUGGUAUGAAAGAAAGUGAAGCAGCCGGCUUGAACUCCAUCUUCUGGGGGACCUUUGCAGCCUGCAGGGGCCUGGCCAUCUUCUUUGCAACAUUCUUACAGCCUGGAACCAUGAUUGUGUUGAGCAAUGUUGGCAGCCUUGUUUCAUCUUUGUUUCUGGUACUUUUUGACAAGAGCCCUCUCUGCCUCUGGAUCUCUACUUCUGUGUAUGGAGCCUCAUUGGCAACCACAUUUCCCAGUGGAGUUUCCUGGAUUGAGCAGUACACCACCUUAACUGGGAAGUCUGCAGCAUUCUUUGUAAUUGGUGGUACCCUGGGAGAAAUGGCGAUUCCUGCAGUAAUCGGAAUUCUUCAGGGACUCUACCCAGGGCUGCCAGUGGUUCUGUACGUCUGUUUUGCAUCAGCCAUAUUCACUGGAGUUCUUUUUCCUGUGAUGUAUAAAUUAGCCGCCUUACCUCUGUAAUGUGAAUAAAAAGAAAACAUCUCAGGGGUUCAGAAUACUUUGUAAGUCUGACCAUAAAGAAAAGGACAAAUGGGAAGAUGGAAGGGGCAAAAUGAAUGAAUGAAUUUUGAAGCUGUUGAACCAUGCAAUGAGGCACUCUGUAGUUGUCUGGAAACAUUUGAUGGCCCCCACAGUUGGUGUCCUCACCAAUUCCUCUCAACUACAUUGAUUUGGAUAAAGAGUUUGGUAAUCUUCUGUGGAA